AGGAGAUCGAACCUGUCUUCAAGCUUAUGGUCGAUUACCUCCACGGUCCUGUCCAGCAUGACGCCUUCUUCCGCAAGUACGCUAGCAAGAAAUUCCUGAAGGCCUCCAUCGUCCUUCGCCAGUGGGCAAAGAAGUUCGCCCCCAUGUACCUUCACGACUGCGAUCGUGACGGAAGCGAGACCCCUCAAAUCUAGUCGUUUGAAGGUCCACUUCUUCCCAUGACUGCUUAUGGCUGUCCUCGAUGGCAGCCUCACCCAAGCACCAAAUGAUCAUCUUUGUCUCUUUUCACACAUGGUUUCGGCGUUCCUCGAAUUGCGGCAAUUUGCAUCGCAACUGGCAUGGCGUUCACGGCGUUCAAAGCGAUUCUCCAUUCUGGAUAAUGCCGUCAUCCUGCACCAGCUUCAUCACGUCCACACGCAACAACAAGACUCCCCAUUCACAUCAUCGCCUGUGCUUCUUUUCUCUUUCUUUCUUCCACGAACUCAACCCCAGACAUGGACGUUGUUCUUGGACACUAUGGCUCUCAUGCUGUUGCACUGCAAGAUCCUCUUCCAGCAACAUGUCGCCACCGUCAAGACAUACAACGGACCUCUACGCUUUUUAUGCUACAGCUCCUCGUCGCUCAUGCGUUGCUGGGAAACUGUAGAACGAUAUCCAUGGGAAGCCCGGAGUGAUGUACGGGAACAAGGGGAGGAACACUUGGAUGAGAAGGAGUGGUCAAAUUGUAUUGGUUGUUCUUCUACUGUAGUCCUUGUUCUUUUCUUCCAGAUUUGUACUAGUGCACAAGCAGUGACGAACUUGUUAAACUAAAGGGACAAUUGCAUCAUCUCAAUACCGCGUGCUCCAG